AUGAAAAAGAUUUUUGAUGAUGGUGCCAAAUCUCCGUUGAGUGUAGUCAUAGUGGAUAAUAUUGAAGGUUUAAUUGAAUAUAAUCCAGUUGGUCCAAGAUUUUCUAACUUUAUGGUUCAAGCGAUUCGUGAUUUAGUGUCUCAACCACUUAAAGCGGGUCGUCGUAUGCUUGUAUUGGCUACAACUAGUUGUCGUGAAGCUUUAACAGAUCAAAAUCUUACUCAAGCUUUUUCAUGGCAUGUUCAUAUUGGUAUGUUAUCACGACCAAAGCAUAUUAUUGCUGCUUUGGAAGAAGAUGCACGUUUUACAGUGAAAGAGCAACAACUAAUUGAAAAGUCUCUAUCCAAUCGUCGUUUAUGUAUUGGAAUCAAACAUUUACUUGAUCUGAUUGAUUUGGUAUCGAAGAAUGAUGCAGAUCAUCGAGUUGCAGCAUUUCUUGCCAAAUUAGAAGAAGUUGGCAUUGUAGAUGAAUGA